ACUUCAGCCUACAGUGGCAUAAGAAUUUUUCCCCGCUGUGUUUGUAGUUUUUUUAUUUGCAAAAAAGUGCCCUGCCCAAAAUAUUUUUACACAAAUGUAAGUGAAAAUUGUGCAGUUGAUAUCCCCAAGAUAGUAUUUAACAAUAAAUUUUAGUGCUACUGCUUGGAUAUUUUGGGGGAAAGUGGGUGAAAAGUUGGCCCUUGGGGAAGAAAGACGAGAAAUUGACUACGCAAAAGUCAUCGGGGAGAGAGCUAACAAAAACAAGGGGGUGAAAAGUAGCUGAUAAAUCGCGGAAAUGCAGACGAUUAAAUGCGUGGUUGUGGGUGAUGGAGCCGUUGGUAAAACGUGCCUCCUCAUCUCCUACACGACCAACAAAUUCCCCUCAGAAUACGUUCCAACUGUCUUCGAUAAUUAUGCUGUAACAGUUAUGAUAGGAGGCGAGCCCUACACUCUCGGCCUCUUUGACACUGCUGGUCAGGAGGACUACGACAGACUCCGACCACUUUCCUACCCUCAAACAGAUGUCUUCUUGGUGUGCUUCUCAGUCGUCAGUCCCAGUUCCUUCGAGAAUGUCAAAGAAAAGUGGGUUCCGGAGAUAACGCAUCAUUGCCAAAAGACGCCAUUCCUGCUCGUUGGCACGCAGAUUGAUUUGCGCGAUGAGAGCGGGACGCUGGAAAAGUUGGCCAAGAACAAGCAGAAGCCCAUCACGAUGGAACAGGGUGAGAAGUUAGCGAAGGAAUUGAAAGCUGUUAAAUAUGUUGAGUGUUCCGCUCUGACUCAGAAAGGGCUCAAAAAUGUCUUCGAUGAGGCAAUUCUGGCGGCUUUGGAGCCUCCAGAGCCGACAAAGAGGAGGAAGUGCAGAUUCCUAUAAAGAUUAAUUCAAAAAGAAACCUAAACAAAAAAAACAAGCAAAGGAGCUUCUUCUUGAGGGAGAGAUUCACAAUUUUUAUUAAUUUUCAAAAAUCUUUUUUUUUUCUUUCCCACGUAGAAUGAAAAAAAAAUUCUCUUUGAUGAAUCAAUGUUGGAAAAACAGAAACAAAAAAAACGUGCGUGAAUUGUGCAUUUAGGAGUCUUAUCUUAAGGAAAAAUGGUCUCUGGGAGAGAUUUUUAUGCAAUUUUUACAAAGAAAAAAGAAACAUUUCAAAUGCAAUUUUUUGAUGGAAAAAAAAUCAGAGCGCAAAAAACGAAGAAAAAAACAAUUUAAUUUAAAGAAAAAAAGACACAACAAAACCUUUUUAAACAACAAAACCCAUGAAGAUAUAAAAAAAGGAAAAAGAGUAAUAAAAAAUGCCUUGUUCUUUUUUACAAUAUUCAUCUUGUCAUUUCAUACUUGAACUAAAUAACGAUGAAGAAUUAGAAUAUUUAAGUGAAAUAAAAAGAAAAUAGAAGAAGAAAAAAUAGAAAGGAGAAAUGCAUAAAAAUUAUAUUUUACUAAUUUUUCAAGAAGAAAAUUAAGAAAAAAAAUCAGUAAAAUAGUUAUUUAUAGAAAAAAAACAUGAGAAAAAAUAUAUUCAUAAAAUUAACAUAUUUGAAUAAUUUCAUGCAAUAUCAAUUGAAAAAAAAAGAAAUGAUAAAAUUUCGAUAGUGGUUUAACAAAAAAAAAUAUAAUUAGAAUAUUUACAUUUAAAGUAUAUAGGCGAAGAAAAAAAAAAUAGUGAGGAACUGAAAGGAUUAUUUUUAAAGUUUUGGUAUAACUACAAUUUACCGCAACUUAAUAAAUGAUUUUUUGCAGGAAAGAGGUAUUGGCUUCUCAUAAGUAAGUUCGGUGUGAAAAUUUUAGGCCACGCCCAUUUCAGCAAUUGGUUUCCAUUAAAGUUGGACGCUGUAGCUUCUGCACUGAGAAAAAAAGAGGGUGCGAUUAACUUUUUUUCCUCAACACUAGGUGUAAAUCAACGUUUUUUAAGGGUAAAAUUAACAUGAAAAAGGGUAACUUUAACCCCUAAUACACCUAGAAAGGGUAAUAUUUACACCGAUAUUGGAUCAAUUCUGCAGAGUAAAAUUAACAUUUCCGGAAUGUUAUUUUUACUUUUUCGGAUUUCUCUCAGGGUGAAUAGUUUACGCCAUCUAUUGUUAAACAUUCAAGAAAUGGCAAAAUAUUCUUAGAAUUUUGAUAAUUGGCGGGGUCUGUAGAAUAAGCCACGCCUUUCACGUUCUAUUCAAUUUAAUGGGACUGUCGUACUCAAAAAAAUGUCCAUCCAAGCCGGAUAUUAUAUCAUCUACAUCUUCCAGCAAAUAUUAACUGUUAUAUUUUGACCAAAAUUAAACCGUUUUAGAUCAUGGGCGGGGCUGCAAUAUGAAAUAUAAACCACGCCCCUACGAAGUCUUGAAUUUGCAAGUACUUUUGUAAAAGAUUCUCUUAUAGAAAAAGCUUGGAUGGAUGGAAUCAGUACAAUCGAUACAAUGCAUACAAAGGAUGUGGCUUCCAAAGGGGCGUGGUAUCAAAUAUUUCAAUUACGUCCAUUAAAGUCGUAAUAGUCGCAUUUAUUUUUUAUAAUUUUAUUUAUUUAUUUUUCGAAAUUUUACAAAUAACUACCUUUUCCACUAUCAAUCUUAAACGAUUUAUUUGGGAUAAUAGAAACCAAAUGGGUGUGGUUUCUAAAGGGACGUGGCAUUAAAUAUUUAAAUUACGUUAACAUUUUGGUUGGGACAAUAGCAUCGAGUGGGCGUGGCUUUUAAAAGGGCGUGGCACCUUUACAUUCGAAGAUCAUUAAAGUCACUUCUUUUGGAACUGGCAUGAUUGCUAGCGUCACAAAAAUUAUUUUAAAAAAAUAAACAAUUUUCAACCACUUUCAAUAUUAAACACUUCGGUUGGGACAAUAGAAACAAAUGGGCGUGGUUUUAAAAAGGACGAGCGUCAUUAAACAAAUAGUUAGCUCCGGAAUUCAGUCAUUUUGAAAUAAUAGCAACUGGUAUUGUCUUUACAUAGUAAUAAUAAAUAAACAAUUUUCUGCUUCUCUAGAAUAAACCAGUUGUGUUGGGACAAAAGAAAGAAGUGGGCGUGGCCACAAUAAAUUUUCAGAUCAUUUCUGCUAUAGUUACUUUGUAACUGGCAUAACUGAUAGCAUCCACUCGACUUUAUUAAUAUAAGGCAAUUUACAAUCACUUCCAAUAUUAAACACCUUGUUUGGGACAAUGGGCGUGGUUUUGAAAAGAACGUGGCGGUAUAAAAUUUUUAGAUCACUCCUACUAAAGCCAGUCGUUUUAUAAUCAGCAUAGCUGCUAGUGUUCUUAUAAAGAAAACAGUCAAUCUUCACCACUUCCAAUAUUAAACGAUGUACUUCGGAAAAUGGAAACUAUUGGGCGCAUUGGGCGUGGUUUAUUAAAGGACGUAUAGUCUUUUUUUUAGAUCACUUCUAAGUGGCUCAUUUUGAAAUCUGCAUAGCCGCUAGUAAUCUCGUAACUUCACAAAAAAAAAAUCUUAACCAUUUUCAAUAUUAAACGACUCGGUUGGGACAUGGAAACGAGUAGGCGUGGCUUAGAAAAGGAUAUGGUGCCAUUCAAUUUUAAGAGCAAUUUUACUAAAACCGGGUAUUUUGGAAUCAGCAUAGCUGCUAGUAUUCUCUGUAAAUUACAACAAAACAAUCUUUAAUUUUUCCAAUAAUAAACAGUUUCAUUGAGACAAUAGGAAGAAGUGGGCGUGGCUUUUAAAAAGAGGCAGUGUUAUUUAUUUUUUCGGCUAUUCCGGUGGAAACUUCAUAACUGUGAGCAUAAAUUAUCUCUUACAAAUAACAAUCUUCAAUAUUUUGAUUUUUAAACAGUUUGUUUAGGAGGAUCAGGAGGAUAUAUGAAAAAGGGCGUGGCUUAUCGAGCGUAUCACCAUUACAUUUUAAAAUAACUCACUUUAAAAAUUUUGCAUUUUUACUUCAAUGAUUAGACGUAAAAUAUGACAAAGUAUUCCGUGAAAAUAUUUACUUGCAAUUACUUUUGCAAAUUUUACAUACUUUGAAUUUUUUGUAAUUUUAUAGUAAUAUUUUUUUCCUAAUUAUUGGAAAUAUAUUGAUGAAUUUCGCCAUUUCGGCUAUGUUUUUGACAAAAUGCAUUUAAAAUUUUAGGAAAUACUGAAAAGUCUUAAUAGAAAUGACAGUUAUCAAAUAAUAAAAUUCAAGGGGGCGUGGUCUAAAAUUCUUCAAAGGUGGAGCUUACUCUCAAUGGCCAUUAAAACUUCCAUGCAAAAUACGGAAUUGAAAGAAAGUUGCGGUGAGAAGUAGGAGUCCUAAAGUUUAAUCUCUAUGAUUUAAGAAUUAUUUUUAGCGAGAUUACAAGAAAAAAAAUCCUAAUUUUAAUAUUUGUGGCUCAGUAUUUUUGAUGAAAGAGAAGAAAAAAAUUAUUUCUAGAUUUAAGGGUUUUCUACUUGAUUUUUUUUUAAAAGAAAGUCUUGUUUGCAUUUUUCAUAAAGUUUUAUUGAAUUGUUUUGAGCCAAGAGAGAGAAAAGAACCAGUAAUUUUGUUGAAGAGAGCUACUAAAAAAUGGAAAAUGAAAAGGAUUUUUCAAAUUUUGAGAUUGAAAGACUAUUAAUUAAAUUUCCCAAAUAAAAUUCAUAUCUAAAGUGGAAAUAUGUUGCAAAUUCUCAAAAGGGAGAGAAAACCAGUGAGGUUAAAGAAAAUCAGGUGGAUGGUGAAAUCGGGAGGUUAAUUUUAAUUGUAAAUAUUCUGUAAAAUUAUUAAUAAUCAAUUACAAAUUUGCUAAAAAAAAAGGAAUUUUUGGAGAGCGCUAAACAGAUUUGUUAGCAACAGGAAAAAUUACAACAGAUAAACAGCAUUAACCUUUUUAUAAUAAAAAAAAUGCAAAACAAAUAUAUUAAUUUAUAUUUUCCAACGAAAAA